AAUUUUAAAUAGAUAUUUUUGUGAUAAAAUGUACGGUGAGAAGAGAAUAAUAGAAUGGAAUGAGUUAGCAGAUCAUUGUAAUCGUACAUCACUUUGGGUGGUGAUUGAAGGAUAAGUGUUUGAUGUAACAACAUAUUUAGCAGAACAUCCAGGAGGUGAUGAUAUUCUGCUUAAAUAUGGUGGAUUGGAUGGGACUGAAAAGUUUAAAGAAAUGAAUCAUUCAAAUUAUGCUCGUUCCCUAAGAAAUGCUAGAUUAGUAGGAACACUUACUUCGGAUUCUUAACCAAGUGAUUACAUUAAGAUUGUGAAAUCUAAAAAACAAAAAGUAGAAGUGUGAUAAUCAAAAUUAGAAUAAUAUUAAUCCAAAUCGUUAAAUUACCUGGGAGGAAUUGGCAUAACAUAAUACAAAGGAUAACUUAUGGAUGGUGAUAGAAGGAAAAGUUUACGAUGUUACAGAUUUUUAAGAUGAUCAUCCAGGAGGUCCAGCAAUUUUAUUAGGAAAAGGUGGUGAUGAUGCAACCGCAGCAUUUCAUGACGCAAAUCAUUCUCAAAGUGCGUUCAAGUAAUUAGAAAAACUUUAAAUUGGGGUCAUAUAAGGUAUUAAUAUAUCAAUAUUUCAAAGGAGUGAGACCAAAAUCAAGUGGAAGCGGUUCAAGUACAAGUACUAUUUUCUUUAUUCUUUUGAUUUUGGCUAUUGUUGCAGGAGUAUUUCUGAUUAAAAAUUAGAAUUAAACAAAAUGAAAAUUAUAAAUAAAUUA